AACGAGGCGAUUCUUACUACAGCGCACUAUUUACAGCAAGUGGACUAAUAAUUUUGUGCGUAUGUGGUUUGACACUAGUAGGCAAGGUGACUGGUGUAACAUUCCAUAUUACUAACCUGUUAUUCUUAUAGGUCCAUGUGUUUAAUAGUUUGCGUUUAAUCUAGGUUUACUUUUACCUCAUCUUUAGAAAAUCUAAAUUAUUGUAUUGUUUAGUUGUAUUGUUUUAUAUUGGUCUAAUCUGUUCCGCGUUGUCUCUAUGGACCUUGGUGUCUUGAUUAAAGUUGAUUUAAUUAUUGACUUAAAAGUUGUUUAAUAAAAGUUCAUUGAUGACAACACUGGCAAAAGUUGCAAGCUGAUACAAAUAUAACUGUUAUCCAGAAAAAAAUGAAACCAUUUGUAUUUAGGCUAAUGUUUUCCCAGCUUCUAUAACUCUUUAAAUGUCCUUGGUUAUGGGGUAAAUGGAUUUUGCAUAUUUUUGAAAGGCGCUGUGCCAUCGAAUGUGCUAAAAGUAGCGGCUUGUGCGCGAUGGAGAGAUGACGUCACUUAAUUUUAAUAACGUUGCUGCCUUUUUUUUGUAGAUUAUGCGUAGAACUUAUUUUUAUGUACUUGUAAUGGCUGUUGAAGAAUAGAAACACAAUAAAGACAGAUUUUUAGAUCAAAUGGUACUGUUUUAUUUGAAUAAGGGCAAUUAACUGUGGCACAUUUUCAGCUGAAGCAGACUGAGGUAUGAGUUAUUAUGUUGUCAUUUUACAACCUGUUUAUGACAGUUUCAGAAGUACAAUUACAAUUGUGUUAUUAAAAUUUUUGUUGUUUUGUGAUUUUUUUUUAAUAAACAAUACUUCAUAUUAAAUUUUAAAACCCAUAAACAUUUCAUAUAGCCUUUUGUAGCCAUACAGAAAUUGAAUUACAUAAAUAAAUCUACUAAUAAUCCAUCCACCCCAUAGUGUCAUUUCCCUCUAAAUCUGCUUGAAACGAUCGGUUGCACGCACACGUGACCGUAUCUUAGCAACCGGAUGCGUGGGGUAACUAAAGUGGGUAGGUAACAAGUUACGUUAACAUAGACAUUAAUUUAACAAGACAGUCAUAUUUGCUAGACUGUCGAAUAUCAUUGCGCACCUCUUGACUUAUUUCUUCACUUCAACCUCCUUUGGCAAAGGUAAAUAAUUUGCAAAGAGACAAAUAUAAUUAGCCUAGCUAACACACGAUCAGUUGGUUGUCCAAGCAAGUGCUUCAUUAGGAGUCGAUUGCAACGAGAAAUGUCUGAAGUGAAUGAAGAAGAUGAACAGGAAAGCACGAUUGAAAAUCAAAUGAAGAAAGAAUUACUAGAGGACAAAGAAGAACGAACACUGGAGGCUGAAAAAGGAGAAACUAUUCUUGGAGUGAAAACUGUGGAUUCGCAAGUUUACACGGCCACAUCAUUGCCUGUCAUUCCUAAGGAGACCAGAACCAAAUCUCACCCUUUGGUCCUUCAUUGGGCAUAUGGGAUUAACCCAACUUUACCUGUCCUCAGCCUGCAGGACGAAGACAGGCUUGUCAUCCUCUAUGUUUGUGCUCAUGUUGCUCUCAUGUAUGAUCACACUUCCAAUACUCAGCAUCUGUUACAAGGCCACUGCAGUCCAAUCACCUGUUUGUGUGCUAGUGAGGACAGACGUUGGCUUGUGACAGCUGACAUGGGCCAAGAGAGUCUUGUUAUCAUAUGGGACUCAUACACAGGAAUUCCUGUGCGCACAUUGUUUGAUUGUCAUCCCGAGGGUGGAGUUUCUGCCUUGGCAUUAUCAAAAGAUUCAAAAUAUCUGGCAACUGUUGGAGCUGGAACAGUUCAGCAAGUGUGUAUUUGGGAUUGGACAGAUGAAAGCGAUAGUCCUCAAUGUCAAGUUGACAUCAGCCCAACACAUGGUUGUCAGAAUCAAAUCAGUUUUGAUCCAUUUGACAGCACACAAUUGCUCAGUAACAGCACAAGUCACGUUCUCUUCUACAAAUGGGAAAGGGAUUGUCUGGAAUACUCGGCUCCGGAAAUUUCUGACAAGACAUUUAAAGGGGUGUUAGGCUCCCUGAGCCAGUCCAUCUUUCACUCCGAUGGCGUGCGGGCUUUAACAGCCACCUCAAAAGGGCAUAUCAUUUUUUGGGACAAGCAGAGUGAGUCUGUCUCUUGUAUAAGGAAAGCCACCAAAAUCAUCCCUCUCCAGAACAAAGGAAUUACUGUACUGGCAAUGAUUGACAGUUUUAUAGUAACUGGUGAUGUGAAUGGCCACAUCAAAUUCUAUGAUGAAAAUCUCAAGAUCAUCAGCUUGUACAGUGAAUUUAAUUUGGAUCCUAUUACAUCCAUCUCCUUUUCUAAAGAAAUACCCUCCACUAGCAGCCUAAAUUAUAAGGAAGACUGCUCAGUGAAUGCCAAAUCAUUUGUUAUAAGAAAUUUUGUGCUUUGUACAACCCAUUCAACUGUAGUACAUGUGAAUGUACAGAAAAAUGCUCUACAAACUCUUUUGAAGGAACAUGCAGAACGUCUGGAAGCAGUCGCCUGCCACCCCAAACAACCAUUAGUAGCUAUGGGCAGCCACAGUGGCACUGUUAAGGUUUGGGAUUAUGAGCGUAAAGAGGCUGUCUGCAGCCAAGUCUUUCAGCCCCAUAAGGAGAUCCAGUGUAUUACAUAUGAUCCACAAGGUUUUUAUUUGGCAGUGGGAUUUGGCAGUGGGGCUUUGCAGAUUCUUGAUGCCUGUACCCUUCAGAGUGAUGGUGAACAGUUUUUGCAGUACAGUCAGGAUGGAAUAACCCAUCUCACCUUCUCCCAGGACUCACUUUAUCUGGCAGCUGCGGACACUGGAAAGGCUGUGACAUUGCUUCGCCGGUACAAGCAGGGAACCAAAGAGAUUUGGAAGUACCAGGGAAGACACCACUCUCAUUACAAACCUAUUCAGGACCUGCUGUUUGGAGUGGAUUUAGAUAGCAAUCAGCCUCGUCUUUUCUCCCUUGGAAUGGAUUGCAAGUUGGUGGAGUAUGAUCUUCUGAACAGUGGGGAAAAUGACUUGGUGAUUUUGAGUUCUGAUCGGAUCGAGCAGAGUGGUGUGCCCACCUGCAUGGCGUGGUAUCCUCAGCUGACGCCUGAGCACUUCCUCCUUACAGCUUCCAAUCUGUAUAAGAUGAAGCUCUUUAAUGCUACCUCGAAAAUGUGCAGAAAAACACUCCUUGGUCCUUCCUAUGGUUCUCCAGUAAAAAAGAUGUCCAUACUACCUGCAUCUCAGGAUGGAGACCCUAAUUCUCGUUACAUGGCAUAUAUUACACAAGACAAGAUUGGGAUUCAGAUUCUGCCUCUGGAUGGAAACCCCUACAAGUCAUUUGCAAGUAUCUGUCACUCAACAGGUGUCUCUGCCAUGGCCUGCUCUUAUGAUGGAAGAUUUGCUUUCACUGCAGGAGGACCAGACUGCACAGUUUUUUCGUGGGAGCUGAAUUUAUCAUCACUGGAGGCUUCAGCUGCUCUAGGGGGUAAAGACAUGGUUCCCUUUUACAAUAUUCUGGAGGGAGGGAGAGAUGGACAGCUUUUCAAGGAAAUGGAGGAAUAUUUUUACUAUUGUCAAUUACGGAACCAGGACCUUAACACAAUGGAAAAACGGCUUGUGUCAACACGCGUCCCCCUAUCUGACAUACCCUUCCUAAUGAGAGUGCUUAGCUUUUAUCCCACAGAGCAGGAGCUGGAGGACAUGCAGAACGAAGUGAAGUUCAGCCGCUACGCUGAGACCAGAAAUUAUGUGACAGACAUUGACCUGGAGGACUUCAUUAAGCUCUAUGUCAACCACCAGCCUGCCUCUGGCAUUUCAAGACAGGAGCUAUGCAAUGCCUUCCAGGUGCUUGGAAGGCCAGAUGAGGGGGGCAGAUAUACCAUUGCCAGAGAUGAACUGCUGGAGUUACUACAGGCUAGAGGUGAACAUAUGACAGAAGAUGAGUUGGCUGAAUGCUUUACUAGUCUUCUUGGUUUUAGCUCAGAAGGUUGCACAGAUGCAUCCGAAUCGCUGUUGGAGAAUGUGCUACCCUCCGAAAUCAAUAUGGAGACAUAUGCUACAGAUAUCCUGGGCUUUUCUACUGCUAGCCAAGAGCUUCCACAAGAUGAUACAUAAUAAU